AUGAAGUUCGGAAAGAACAUACGGAGGGAGAUGCACAACCACCCGGGGAUGCACUACCUCGGUUACAAAGGACUAAAAAAGCUAAUAAAACAAAUAAGGGAAAGUCGGAUGGAAGGAAGACAUACCCAAGGGAAGCAACUGAAUGAUCAGUUCGAAAAAUUAUUACAUUCAGACUUGGAAAAUAUUGAAAGGACGUUUAGAAAAUUAUUUUUUGAAAUAAAUGGAAUGAAGGAUGAAAUUGAGAAGAAAUUUGCUUCACGCAUUUUCAACAGUGAAGAAUUAAAAGUGAAUAAAAAAAUUUGUUCGUUUGAUAAUCUACUGGAGAUGUUGAAGGAAGGGGGAGUGGUGUCUGAGGAGGUGCUGGACUUUUGCAUCCGGUUGAGUUUGCUCUCCAACAAGUGCAAAGUUAUUCGCACCUACGUGGUGUAUAAUUAUGUUGGGUUGGUGAAGAUUCUGAAGAAGAGGCGGAAGCGCUGCGGGAGCGACGGAGAGGGGCUCGCCCAGCUGGACCACCUCACCUCCGCGUCGAACGGCACGCCAAGCAGCACGCCAAGCAACACGCCAAACGGAACGUCCAACACGGUGGCCAACACGGUGGCCAACUUAGUGGGCAACAUUGUGGGCACCUACUCAUGGUGCCUCUCCGAUGAGCUGCCCCAACUGAUCACUUCAGUGAAUAUCAUCUCUGACGAGUUCAUGCAGCAGCUGUGCAACUCCCCCCUCACAUCGGAGAAGUACACAUGCCCAAUUUGUCUGUGCCUGAUUCACGACCCCGUGACUUUAAAUUCCUGCUUCCACUCCUUCUGCUGGAAUUGUCUAGCCACAGCUAUCCAAAACUACUCUAUCGAUAACUGCCCCUCGUGUAGAACCAAAAUUGUCUACGAUAGGGACUCUUUCAAAAUAGACGGUAUUUUGAGUCAAUUUUUGAAGAAGCACUUUGUGAGCGAGCCAGCUGCGGAAUGGGACAGCCACUCACGUGAGGGUCACCCCGUCGGUCAAGAAGAGGCGUGCCAAGAGGGAGCAGAACGGGACGCAUUCAUCGCCGAAUGGACCUUCCCCAAUGUGACCGAACCUGUGGAGGGAAAGAAAAACAAGCUAAUCCGGAGAAGUACAAAAGAUCGAAUCGGUUUGGAGAUGUCGACACGUGGCCCAGCUGGUGUAGUGAAAGGAAGUGCACCCCAAGAUAUAUCCCUCCCUGCGUCGGAUCUUACUGCCCCCAUUUUACCGAACAACAGAGAAGAAAAACCUGUUCACGAUGGAGACAAUUUCUUCCCGUGGUACUGCACCCCUGAUGAAGGCGAAACGGAUCCUUGGGCAGAUUUUGACGACUACCUGACCGUUUUGAAUAGCGUCGAUAAGAAUGAGAUGGAGGACAAAGGGCGGGAAAGUGACUGUUGCAGUGAUGAAUGUCGAGAGGGCGCUUUUCCCCAAUCGGAGAUGACAAAGAUGGGGCCCAAGGGGAGCGUGCCGGACGCAUCGUACCGUCUGGUCAGCGACGUCAUUAGCUACACCUUUAGCUAA